CUGUGAUGUCAUUUUUCGUCAUUUGUGGCAAAGUUGUCUAGUUUUCUACUCAUCCGAACACUUUCUUCUGCAUUCCAAAUCAAACGUAAUGGCCGAUCCAAAGUUUCAAUAUUUGCCCUACAUUGCUCACGAUCAACCGGAUGUGUACGAAACCGCGGAUGUAAAUCCGGCCGACACGUCGGACUACGAAGAAGAGGAGCCACUGAACGACGCCAUCGAACGGUUGCACCUGUCCACGAAGGAUUCGAUCGGUAAGUUUAAGGGAAAGUAUCUCACCGGUGAUGUGGACUUUUCCGACGGUAUCGGCCGAAAGAACCGUCUCGGGUACGAUGCGCGCAGUGUUGAGUACGAUCUGGCCGGUGAAGGCGAGGCGGAGAAUCCGCUUCAGCGUUGCCACCGGUUGAAGUGCGAGAUCAAUGAGCUGAUGGAGCAGAUUGAAGCGGCCCGAGGCGACACCAGCCGUACGGCGGAGGAGAAAGCCUCCAACGAGAUGGUGUUUGGGGUCGUCGCCACGGCGAAAAACGUUUUGGAUAGUUUGAAGCUCGAGCAGGUGAUCGGAUCCGAGGCGGUUGCCGGGAGUGGCGAGGUGGAGGCGAAGAAGCUGAUCGCCCAAAUCGAAGAGUACAAGAAAACGGGAGCCAUUUCCAGCAGCGACCCGAAGCUCGUGGCGAAUGAGUUGAUGCAGAGUUCCCGAGUGGCGCAGCUGGAAUAUCGUCUGCAUCAGCUAGAAACUGCUGUCGGUGCGAAGCCGGAACGAAUUAGUCGGCUGGCUGGAACCACCGGAACGGGAAAUCUCAUCGAGGCGGUGCAAAACAUUUCGGCCAAAGCGGCCCUUCUGCAACCGACUCAGCUGGACACGAUCGAAACGCGCCUGAACAAUUUGCUGCAGCAAAUGAACAGUAUUCAGGAGAAAUCCAACGCUACCGGGCAGGAUCCCAAUCGGGAACAGAAGAUUUUGGAGCUGUACGAAAUAGCCAAAAGCUCGGAACCGAUCGUGCAGAUACUGCCGGACAUGCUGCACCGUAUGCAAACACUGGAAUCCCUGCACAAAUAUGCAACGAACUUUAGCAAACUGUUUGCCGAACUGGAAACAACGCAAGCGUCCAUCCUCAACGGUGUGGCGGCCAACAAAGCGCUGCUUACCGGCGUGCAGGAAGCGUUCGCACAGAAUCUGGAAAAUGUUAACAAGGAAGUGAAGAAGUUGGAGGAACGAAUGACAAAAAUUCAACAGUCUAUCAAGUAGAUGAAGCAUAUAGCAUUAGGGCGUUCUUUUCGAAACGAACGUAAUUAUGUCUUAACAGUGAGCACUAACAUUGCUUUCUAUAGAGCGAUCCAGAAAUCGCUUACUUAUUUAAACAUUCUCUAAUAAUAAUUGGUAAAAUAUAAAUGCUUACAAAAAAGGA